UCCUUGCAAAAUACGCCGGUUUUAUUUAUGUAGCUGUCAAUUUUAGAAGAGAUUGUGAACGACUGCAUCAUGGAAUCCCGCAAUUUACCAGAAGAUUCUACAGCUUACAAUUUAGAAGAUGAUUACCAUGACGAUCGCGUAACCUACGAUCAUAAAUGUUCAUUGAGAGACGCCCCUCCAAUAUUGUCGAGCCGCUUCAAGUCCCCGGAGAGCAUCGGGUUCAAAAUUCGUCAAUGGUUCCUCAUCGAUCGGGACCAUCCGCAGACCAGGCGUCUGUACCGGUCUACCUACCUCUUCCGAACGGAGCUGACACGGCACGUAAAGAGUGACUACUGGUACACCAUCCAUCCUUUCAGCAAGUUUCGAUUUUUCUGGGACUGCUGGCUGCUGGUCUACAUCUACGCUAUUCUGUUGAUCAUCCCGUUGGUGAUGAGCUUUGCUCCGUCGUUGAUGAGAGGACAUCACCUGUACUUGCUGUCAGCCGUGGUGAACGUAUUGGCCAGUGUUGAAAUUUUGGUGAACUGUUUGACCGGGAGCUCGAGGGAUAAGUAUCACAGGAACAUCAGUUUGAAUCCGACGAGGAUCUUCCUAAACUAUCUGAGAGGGUCGUUUUUGAUUGAUUUCAUUUUUGCUCUUCCUUCUGCGUUGUUGGCCAAAGCUUUUACUUUUGAAGAAUCAUGGGUUAAGACCACUCUGAAUGUGUUAAGUGCAUUGAUUGUUCUAAAAUUAGUAUCUGUGAGACUGAUUUGGAGGUAUCUUAUGAACAUAUUUGAGCGGUACAAGUUGGAAAUGAUCCAAUACUAUGUAGUUCGAUUGAUUCUUGUUUCUGGAUUGUUCAUCCACUGGUGCAUUUGCGUCUAUAAAUUAGGCGUUGUUAUAGUAGAAAACCCCGAGUACGGUCUCGAUGAACCAUGGGAUCAGCAUGUUGAAUUUCUUCGUGACAUGGACAACGGUAUUUUGAACCGGUACGGAAAAUGCUUCGCUACUGUUCUGUUCUAUCUGUUUGUCCUAAGUUUCGGUGAGUUGGGAAUCCCGAAAACAGUUCACGGAAAAAUCUUAGCAGCUAUUUGCAUCGUCAUCGGGAUAUGCUUCCAGAUGUAUCUAUUUCUUCAAUUUUUCAAAAUUAUCGCAAUCAAAAGCUCCUCCAAACGGAAGUAUGCCGCAGCCAUCAGUCAACUGGAAGCCUACAUGACAAUGAAACAAUUUCCUCGGGAAAUGAAAAAUCGACUGAUGUACUACUACGAGAAGAAGUUCGAGAAGUGUUACUUUGCGGAGGACAAAAUCAUUGAAACGUUCUCAGGCCCCUUGAGAAAUCAAAUCAUCGACAACAGGGCCGUCAGGUUCUAUCAGAAAGUUCCGAUUUUCCAAGGCAUUCCGGAGCACUUUUUGCUUCUGCUGGCACGCAACAUGGAAAAGGAAAUUUAUCUUCCGAACGAUAUGAUAAUGAAAGCAGGGACCGUUGGGAGUGCGAUGUGUUUCAUAUACUCUGGGUCGGUUGCUGUUUAUACGCAGUCAGGCAAGGAGACGGAACAUCUGCACGACGGGGACCAUUUUGGAGAAAUUGCACUAUUUCUGAAGAAUAAGCGCCUGGUCAACGUAAUCGCGAUCGAGUUCACCCAAAUUUUCGUGCUGCGGCGCAAAGUGUUUGCCGAAUUUGUCCGACCGGAACAUGAGCUGUACCAACGGUUCGAGAAGGUGGCCAAGGAGCGGAUGCAGCAAACACUGCUCGAGGAGGAACAGCACAAAAACCAUCUGCUGAUGGAGAACGUGGGAACCAACAACGAGUGAGGCGAAGGGAAAGGUGACGACAACCACCGACAGAAAUUUGUAGAGCUUGAUGCGGACAAACGACGAACGAGAUACAUGAUGUGGUUGGCGUCGUAUACCAAGAAGCGAUAUUGUAAAUGCUGCUUUGAGAAGGCCAGGGAAUGGAAGCAGGUGUGGUUGAGGGGAUAUAAGAGGAUGAUAAAAUUAACAAGAUUCAUCCCGAUAAGCUCAGAGGGGCCCCGGAGAGCUGAGUGGAACUCCGCGUGAAAGAUGGGAAGCAAUAAAAGCGAUAUGCCAAAUGAA